AUGGCCACUCCUGCCGCUCCCUCCGGCAUGAAGGUUCUCGUGUGCCCCUCUGGCUUCAAAGGCAGCCUGCAGCCCCAGACGGCAGCCGACUGCAUCGAAGCCGUCACUGGACCGGUGAGCGCGCCGGUCGAGUCCUUCUUCGGCAUCCUGGGCAACAGCAGCAACGCCUCGGCCCCUCGCACGGCAGUCAUCGAAAUGGCGGCUGCCGCGGGCCUGAGCCUGGUGCCCAGCCACCUACGCAACCCAGCGCGCACGACGACCUACGGCGUCGGCGAGCUGUUCCUCGCCUGCCUCGAUGCUGGCGCCAAGCGCAUCGCCGCUGCCGACGGCGGGCGGCGGCGACUCGCUGCUGCGUCUCGCCCAACAUUGACCUCAGCGACGUCGACAAGAGAAUCCACGAGACGUCGAUCGAGGUGGCCGUCAACUGGAGCAACGUGCUGUGCGGGCCCUGGCGGCGUGGCGAGGGUCUUUGGCGCGCAAAAGGGCGCGUCCGAGGAGCAGACGGAGCGGCUGUCGGCUGCGAUGGAGGUGCUCAGCGUUGUGGCCGGCCGUCUUCUCUGCGACAACAAGGUGGGCAAGGCGCCCGGUGGCGGGGCCUCUGGUGGCCUGGGCACCGGUCUUCGGUUGAUUGGCGCCAGGCUCCGGCCAAGAUAUGAAGUGGUGGCGGAGUACGUCGACUUUGAGACGCUCUUUGACGACUGCGACCUUGUGCUCACGGCCGAGGGAGGCAUUGACGACCAGACACCCCGCGGCAAGAUCCCUGCCGAGAUUGGCAUGCGGGCAAAGAAGUACGGCCUACCCGUCGUCGCCAUUGCUGGCACGAUUGGGCCUGGCGCGCGGGUCAACUACGAUGUUGGCAUUGAUGCGUACACGUGUAUCUUGCAGAAGCCGACGACGCUGGCAGAAGCCGUGCUCGAGGCAGAGAAGCUGACGCAGGAGAGUGCCGAGGGCGUCAUGAGGAUGAUCGUCGUCGGACGCAUGCUGGCUUCAAGGAAGCUGUACCAGAUGGCCGAGCCUAACGAGGUCUGGGUCUGA